GAGACCUGCGCGCCUGCGACUCUAACCAGCGUGAGAUUCCUCUCUCUCCUCAUAACCGACACGAGUGUUCAUCCAUCGCCGGUCUCUCCUCCUUCAUUACUUCCUCCCGACCGUACCAGCAUGCCUUCCAACCAGGAUUUACAAGGCGGGAAAACCUUCGGGUUGCUCAAAGCACAACAGAGGGAGAAGCUGGAAGAAAUCAAUAAGGAGUUUAUGGAAGAUCAGAAGUACCGGGAUGAGGAGGAUUUACCAGAGAAGUUGGAUUCUUUUAAAAAUAAAUAUGCAGAGUUUGACCUGAACGAUCAGGGGGAUAUCGACAUGAUGGGCAUGAAACGAAUGAUGGAGAAGUUGGGUGUGCCAAAGACUCACCUGGAGAUGAAGAAAAUGAUCUCGGAGGUGACAGGGGGCGUCAGCGACACCAUCAACUACAGGGACUUUGUGAAAAUGAUGCUUGGCAAGCGAUCAGCUGUUCUCAAACUGGUUAUGAUGUUUGAAGACAAAGCUAACGGAAGCAGCUGUAAACCCGAUGGACCCCCACCCAAACGUGACAUCACCAGCCUACCAUAGAGCAGUGAAGCUACAUUCGCAAAUCCCGCCCAUUUACCAUUAGGUGCUAGGUUUCUAUAGCCUUACCUAGAAUCUUUUUGCCAAGAUCCAGGGAAAUCUUAGUUCAUAGAUGGACAAAA